CUUUGUUUAUUCCCCAGAAAUCAGCUCACAGAUGCCCAUUGAAAAGUUUCUCAACUUGACCUUGAGUAUGUUUGCAGUGUUUUAAAUAAACUUGGUAUGGAAAGAAGCACAUUUUAUGAAUUUAGACUGAGGGGGAAGGUUGCCCAUGCACUGUACACUCAGGUGUCAAGGAUACCAGGUUGAGUGCAAUUUAGACUUGACUUAGGAGUCUGAGUCCGUUUGGUCCAGGAAUGGACCAAAGGGUUUUCCAGGCAGGGUGGUACAGCAUAAGUGAGAAAGUCUUGGUGUGAAUGGGGAUUUGGAGGCAUUUCACCAUGGCUGGAUCUUUAUAGACAAGGCAGGGAGCAGCACAAAGUGAGGCUGGUCAGGUAUGCCAGAGUCGGAUCAUGGAAAGCUUGUGCUCCCUGUUACUGAGGGAGUCCCUUGUCAUGGAAGAGAUAGGGAGCCAUUAAAAGCUUUGAAGCACAACAGAGAGGUCGUUGUGACAGCUCAGUGAAGUGGAGGUUCUUCCAGUUGUUUAGAUGGACACUGUCAGGGCCUGAGCUAGGCCUGUGAUAAUUGAGGUAGAGAAGAGGAGAUUGAUUUGGGAAUACUUAGGAUAGGGCACAGAGAGGUAUGAGAUAGAUUCUUGGCUGGAUGCCUAGAUAGUCAGAGGUAUCACCUCUGCUGAGACCCUAAGGACAACAGGCUUAUGGGGACAGAUACCAGUUCAGAAUGGGGUUGCCCCUGGCUUGAGGGGUAGGGGAAGAAAUGUCAAGAAACCUUCAAAUUGAGCCUGGAGCUCUGGGCAAGGGCAGGGCAGGAGUGAGAGGUGUGGGAGGUGGCAUCAGCUAUAAUCCAUUGUUAGUGUAUGCUUAGCAGAUUCUCUGUAGACUGUUUAAAGGAGAACAAACCCAUCUUGGUGGCGGCCAUAGAUUGAGUCCACAUUUGUGAAAGCUGAAACGGUUAGUGUUGUGUUAUUGUUUGAUAAUUAAAUUGUGUAAUUGGCCCUUACUUGUGUCACAGUACUAACAGUGAAGUCUUUGGACUUUUCUGGAACUUGGUGCACAUGUCUAUGAGGGUGCCCAAGUGUGGGGUAGGCCUCAAGUGAGGACUUUUACAAGGCCCUAACCAGAGCCUUGCAUUCUCUUUCCUACCCACCGCCCAGUGGGGCUCCUUUACCAGACAAGUAGAGUUGACCACCUUCAGCUGGGGACCUGACACUCAUUACUCACUGGUCCUGGUAGCAGGUGUAGGCAGAACCAUUCAAGAAGAAAAAUCAAUGAAAAGCAGAAGUAAAUGAAUAAGAAAUAACCGGAUCUUUGAAAAGCAAAGUGUGAGAAAUAUAUACUUGGUAUAUUUAAUUAGGGGUUGGGAAGAAAAAACCUAGACAAAAUUAGAGGUUAAAGAUCUAGAAAAACAUUUAACCCAGACAGAAAAAAAUCAUCAAACAGUACAAUAUAAUGUUUGUACUAUUAAGCUAAAGAACAAAAUACUAAAAAAUAAUUUUCUAGAAAAUAGGAACUUUCAUAAUUGAUACCAUAGGAUUAGGAAAAACUGAACAGAAUAGUAACCAAUGAAGAAAUGAAAGGCUGUCUUCAGAAAUGCUUCUUGGUCCUAAAUUACUUGUAGGUGCAUUGUUUUGAGCUUUUAAGAAAAAUUAUACAGAACAAUAGCAAUAUUUAUAAUUGAAAGGAAGAUAUAAGCCAGGGUUAUUGUAUCUGGAAAAUACAAGAAAACCUAAGAAAAAUAAUGUAACAAAAGCAUAGAAUAAUAUGAAUAAAGAUAGAAAAAUCAGAAACAAUACUAGUAAAUAUAAUAACACUUGAAAGCAGUUACUCAUUUAUUUAUUUAUUUACUUGAGACAGAGUCCUGCUCUGUUGCCCAGGCUGGACUGCAGUGUUACGAUCUCAGCUCACUGCAACCUCCACCUGCCGGGUUCCAGCUGUUCUCCUGCCUCGGCCUCCUGAGUAGCUGGGACUACAGGCAUGUGCCACCACACCCGGCCAAUUUUUUUUGUAUUUUUAGUAGAGACAGGGUUUCACUGUGUUAGCCAGGAUGGUCUUGAUCUCCUGACCUCGUGAUCUGCCUGUCCUGGCCUCCCGAAGUGCUGGGAUUACAGGCAUGAGUCACCAUGCCCGGCCAGAAAACAGUAAUUUAUUAUGAUUAAAUGUGACUUGUAAGUGUAGUACAAGGGAAUCUAUUAAUAUAACUUUACAUACUAGGAAGUUAGAUAGGAAAAGCUACAGUCAUCUUAGGUGUUUUAAAAGGAACAUUAGACAAUUCAACAUCAGUUCCAAUUAAAAAUGCUUUUUUAAAAAUGCCCAUAGGAAGAUAUUUCUUUUUCUUUUUCUUUUUUUUUUUUUUUUUUUUUUGAGACUGUGUCUCACUACGUCACCCAGGCAAAAUGCAGUGGUGCAAUUACGGCUCACUGCAGCCUUGAACUCGUGGGCUCAGGUGAUCCUCUUGCCUCAGCCUCCUGAGUAGCUAGGACUACAGAUGUGCAUCACCAUACCUGGCUGAUUUUUUUAAUUUUUUGUAGAGAUGGGGUUUCACUAUGUUGCCCAGGCUGGUCUUGAACUCUUGGGCUCAAGCGAUCCUCCCACCUGCAUCUUCCAAAGUGCUGGGAUUACAGGCAUAAGCCACCACACCUGUCCUAAAGCUAUUUCCUUAACAUGGUAGAGUCCUUAGUCUUUUUCAAACCAGUGGCAAAUAUUACAGUUCACAGUUAAGCCUGGUUGUGGUUUAUAUCAAGAAAAGACAAUGAUGGGUGCUGUCAUUUAAUUUGUUGCUCUGGAAUUUCUGCAACACAGUUAAAUAGAAACUGGAAAAUAAGGCAAAAAGGAAAUGAAGGUGACAUUAUUUCGUAUUAGGAAAAACCAUAGGGGGAUAAAGCUCUUGGAACAAAUAAAGCACUGAAAAAUACUUAGAACUAAUAAAAUGAGUCUUUAUAUUGGCCUCAUAACAGAACAAUUUUAAAUUAUUUGUCUUUUGCUACUAAUAGCCAAUUAGAAUAUCUAAUGAUAAAAAGAGAAUUAUACAGAGUGGGAUCAAAAGUUAUAAAUAUCCAGGAAUAAGUAAUCUUACCAAGAAAUGAAUUAGAUUUCUAAGACUUAAAUCACAAACAUUUUAAGAUACAAAAUGACAUUGAGAGAUAGAAAAUGGCUUCAUAAAUUGAAAGGCUAGAUGAAAUACAUUUUUUCCCAAAUUAAUAUUUACUUGUCCACAUACCAAACAUUUAUUGAGUGCCUGCCAUGUUCCAGGCACUGUUCUUCUCUCAAGGAGAUUUGUUCUUGUAAAAAAGACAGACGAGUGAUAGUAUAGGAGAUUUGAAGAUGAGCCUAGAAGGCAGAGUCCUGUAAGGAGUUGGAAGAUGAGUGCUGGGGGCCAGUGAGGAGAUGACAUUUGAGGGAAGACUGGACGGCAGUGAGGGGACAGCCAGUGCGAAGGCCUUGGAGCAUGGACAUGUGCUUACUGUGCCCAGUGAACCCCUGGGAGCUGGGGCAGGGGAGGAGGGUGCGGGAGGCAGCGUGCCUUCGAGACCGUGGCAGAGGCUCUUCUCUGAGCAAGAAUAUGAAGGCUCAGCAGGGAUCUAGGCAGAGGAGUUAAGACCUGUGGCAGCAGUGUGGAUUCUACCAUGGGGGUCUCAGGGCUGCACUGGGAAGACUAGUAAAGGAGCUGCUCCGAAAAACAAGGGAGAGACAAUGGUGGUUUGGAGUCAUAACAUGGAAGUGGUGAGAAGUGAUCAGAGGCAGAUUUCAUGGUGCAUUGAAUAUGGGAUGUGAGAUAAGCAGAGGAGUCAGGAUGGCUUCCCGGACUAUGGUCCAAACAGUGGAAAGGAUGCAGUGGCUGUAACCUGAAGCAGGAAGUCUGCAGGUGGGACAGAAAUGUUUGUUAAGGGAAGUGUUUUCGGAGUUUGGUUUUGGAUAUGUUAAGUUUGCCAGUGUAAAUGAACAUAUUGUGUAGACAUUUGGAAAUAUGAAUCUUGGAAACAUGAGGUUCUGGGUAUGAGCAGAGUCCAAGGAUGAGCCUAGGGACUGGAGAGCUGAAACCAGCAAAAGAAGCUAGAAGGAGAGGCCAGUUAAGACAGUGAAAAGAAGCGAGGCAUGAGGAUCACUUGAGGCCAGUAGCUCAACAGCCUGGGCAUCAUAGCGAGACCCUGUCUCAGCAACAACAACAAAACGGACAGUGAAGAGAGUAUUUGAAGGAGAGGGGAACAGGCAGCGUAUUGCUUAUUGCUGAGGGGCAAAGUGAAGACCAAGGAUAGACUGCUGGACUUGACAGCAUGGAGGGUGCUGGGGGCCUAGGCAAGUGCAAUAUUCAUGUGGUGUCAUUGGGCCAAAGGUGUCAUUGGAGAGUACUCAAAAAACACUGGGAGAGGAGCUGAGCUUUGUCAGGCGUGUGGGAAGAUGGAGGAGAAGAAAAGGGGGAGUGGUGGUGGGCUCUCAGCUGGAGGAGAGAGGUAAGGACCAGGUGGUUGGCAAGUGGUGAGGGGACAGCAGCAUCAGUAGAUCAGAGUUCCUGGUGGCGUGAAAGUGCUGUUGGAGCUGAGGGUGAGCUAGGAGCACGGGGCUGAUGGUUGGCCUGUGGGAAGGUUGGAAUUGAGACAGAUUGCAGUGAUUUGUCAUGGAAGGCCUCUGGACAUGACCGUGGGGUGAAAGUAGUGGAAGCCAAGGUCAUCAGAAGGGAAGGAGGAAUUUAAGGAACCAAGAGCCUGGAGUGUUAGAAGAAUCAUCCUCUUGGAGUCACCAAGAAUGAUGGUGAGAACAGUGGCCAGAAAUGUAAAUCUACAAGUGAGGGGAGGGUCUCCUGUGUGUGUAGAUGCACCAUAAAAAGGAGGUGCUAUAUAGUCUGAAGACAGAAACUCCAAACUGGGAGUUUAGGAGGAAAUUAUAUCAUAUAUGUGGAUUUACUCAGCAGUGAUUCUAAAGGAUCAUAUCUGGAAGGGUAAGAAUGUUAUGGAUGAAAACAUUCAAAGUUCCAGUGAUAGAAACAUCAUGGGUUUGAGAGUAAACUCGUAACACUGAAAGAGGCUACAGUGUACCUAAGAAGUUGGUGUGUUGUGAAAGGAGGCAUCGCUUAUCAAAAUGGAUUCUUCCUCACGUGGAGCAUAGUAACUGUUAAGCAGUUAGUGAGGAGAAAUUAAUUUCAAUCCUCACCAAAUACAGCACACACCAAACCAGAUACUAAAGAGAGAAACAUUCUAAAUAACUACACAAGGAAAAAAUAUAAUUGAAUAUUUACCAGACCUCUAGCAGAGAGAAUAUUUUUCAAGGUUAACAAGGCAAUAGAAGAAAUCACAAAGGAGAAUAACAGACUUUACUCCAUAAAACUCCUACAGUAUAAAAAAGUGGAGAGGUGAAAUUUGCAGUUAAUAGCUGCAUUAUAUGUGUCUGUGGAGAUUGCUAAGAAAAUCCCUUCUCCUUUCUGGGCUCCCACUUAACCACAUAUUCUCUGUUCUAGGAUGUGGGCACUCCCCUGCUGUCCUGGCGUUUGCAUGUGUGCCCCUCCAGGACUCUCAGUUACUAGAGAAAGUUGUUGUUUUCUUCAUUUUUGUAGGCACUGCAUUUAUGUUGUUAGACCCACUGCCUGAAACACUUCCCAGUAAAUGGUCACAAUAAGUCAGCAAAUCAGUCCAAAAAGACAUUAGAUAAGAGACAAACGCUUUCACUAAUAAUCUAAUUAAAAAUUUUAAAUAUAAAAUUGUACUUAAUAAAUAAGUCAGAAGGGGAAAAAGUCAUCAUCCUCAAUGCUAAUAAGGGAGUUUUGAAGCAAACAGUCUGCAUGUAGAAAUGUAAAACCACAGGGAUCUUGGAAAAGCAGUCUACAGUUUUAUGAGAAUCCAGACCUAUGAGGAUGCUCAGAUAUUCUGCCCAGGAUUCCCACUCUGGGGUAUGCGUCUCAGAGUAAUAAUCUGGAGUAUGGAGAGUGACAAAUACACACGGGCCCAAAAAACCAGAAUCCAGUUAAUCUUCAGUGUUAAAUUAGGUCAAUUAAUAGUAGUGAAUACUCUCAACCACAUAGAAUGCAGGGCAAAAAAGGAAAGAAGCUGUGAAGAUCACAUAGGCAUUUAGAAUACAAAAUGUGAACCACAGCAUGUGAGACAAUUUGAAAAAAAAACAAACCUGUUAAGCUGUUACUAUAGUUUUUUUUUAACUGGAAAAAAUACAAUAGAUAUUUGGAAUAUUUUGCUUAAACCUCUUGUACAAAGAAAGGACUUGAUAGCUAUUACCUUGCUGCUAUGUUUGUUUCUUCAACUCACCAAUCAUUCUUCUGUAUACCUAGCACUGCACCAGGCGCUGAGGUUAGAGAAAUAACUAAGACUGCGCCCUUCACCCCUGAUGGCAGGAUAGGCAAGGUUGGCACCAUCGUCACAGCGGACCCUCAUCGAUGCCUUGAUGUGAUGGAUGUAGCAUGGUCUCCCCACGAUGCCUGGCUAGCCUCAUGCAGCGUGGAUAACACUGUCGUCAUCUGGAAUGCUGUAAAGUUCCCAGAAAUUCUAGCUACUCUGAGAGGUCAUUCUGGCUUGGUCAAAGGGUUGACAUGGGACCCUGUUGGUAAAUACAUAGCUUCUCAAGCUGAUGACCGCAGCCUAAAGGUGUGGAGGACGCUGGACUGGCAGUUGGAGACCAGCAUCACCAAGCCUUUUGAUGAGUGUGGAGGAACGACCCAUGUGUUGCGGCUCAGCUGGUCACCUGAUGGGCAUUACCUGGUGUCUGCCCAUGCCAUGAACAACUCAGGCCCCACUGCCCAGAUCAUCGAACGGGAGGGAUGGAAGACCAACAUGGACUUUGUUGGGCACCGGAAAGCUGUGACUGUCGUGAAAUUCAACCCAAAAAUCUUCAAAAAGAAGCAGAAGAAUGGGAGUUCUGCGAAGCCCAGCUGCCCGUACUGCUGCUGUGCUGUUGGCAGCAAGGACCGCUCGCUUUCUGUCUGGCUCACCUGUCUGAAACGGCCGCUGGUGGUCAUCCAUGAACUGUUUGACAAAUCCAUCAUGGAUAUUUCCUGGACUCUGAAUGGGCUGGGCAUCUUGGUAUGCUCUAUGGACGGCUCUGUGGCAUUCCUCGACUUCUCCCAGGAUGAGCUUGGCGAUCCCCUGAGCGAGGAGGAGAAGAGCCGCAUUCACCAGUCCACCUAUGGCAAGAGCCUAGCCAUCAUGACCGAGGCCCAGCUCUCCACAGCAGUCAUUGAGAACCCUGAGAUGCUCAAGUACCAGCGGAGGCAGCAGCAGCAGCAGCUGGACCAGAAGAGUGCUGCGACCAGGGAGAUGGGCUCAGCCACCUCAGUCGCAGGCGUUGUCAACGGGGAGAGUCUUGAAGAUAUAAGGAAGAAUCUUUUGAAGAAACAAGUUGAGACUCGGACAGCAGAUGGCCGGAGAAGAAUCACGCCUCUCUGCAUAGCACAGCUGGACACUGGGGACUUCUCCACGGCAUUCUUUAACAGCAUCCCCCUCUCGGGCUCCCUGGCGGGCACCAUGCUCUCUUCUCAUAGCAGUCCACAGCUACUGCCACUGGACUCCAGUACCCCUAACUCCUUCGGCGCCUCGAAGCCUUGCACAGAGCCUGUGGUGGCUGCCAGUGCCAGACCUGCAGGCGAUUCUGUCAAUAAAGACAGUAUGAAUGCUACCUCUACUCCUGCUGCAUUGUCACCUUCUGUGUUAACGACCCCGUCCAAGAUCGAACCCAUGAAAGCGUUUGACUCCCGGUUCACAGAGCGGUCCAAAGCCACACCAGGUGCUCCUGCCCUGACCAGCAUGACUCCGACAGCUGUGGAAAGGUUAAAAGAGCAGAACGUUGUGAAAGAGCUGAGGCCCCGAGACCUCCUGGAGAGCAGCAGUGACAGCGAUGAGAAAGUCCCUUUGGCUAAGCCUUCCUCACUGUCCAAGCGAAAACUUGAGCUUGAGGUAGAGACAGUAGAGAAGAAGAAGAAAGGGCGGCCUCGGAAGGACUCUCGUCUCAUGCCUGUGUCUCUGUCUGUCCAGUCUCCAGCUGCCCUAACCGCAGAGAAGGAGGCCAUGUGUCUGUCUGCACCAGCACUUGCACUGAAGCUGCCAAUUCCAGGCCCCCAGAGAGCAUUCACCCUCCAGGUCAGCUCCGAUCCCUCCAUGUACAUUGAGGUGGAGAAUGAAGUGACAGUGGUGGGGGGCGUGAAGCUGAGCCGCCUGAAGUGCAACCGGGAAGGGAAGGAGUGGGAGACGGUACUCACCAGCCGGAUCCUCACUGCUGCGGGCAGCUGUGACGUGGUGUGUGUCGCCUGUGAAAAAAGGAUGCUGUCAGUGUUCUCCACCUGUGGUCGCCGUCUCCUCUCUCCCAUCCUCCUGCCAUCCCCGAUCUCUACUUUGCAUUGCACAGGCUCCUACGUCAUGGCGCUCACCGCUGCAGCCACACUCUCUGUCUGGGAUGUUCACAGACAGGUGGUUGUGGUGAAAGAAGAGUCUCUACACUCCAUCCUGGCAGGAAGUGAUAUGACGGUAUCACAGAUCUUGCUGACGCAGCAUGGAAUCCCAGUAAUGAACCUGUCCGAUGGGAAGGCGUACUGCUUUAAUCCGUCACUUUCCACAUGGAACCUGGUUUCUGACAAGCAGGACUCACUGGCUCAGUGUGCAGACUUUAGGAGCAGCCUGCCAUCCCAGGACGCCAUGCUGUGCUCAGGACCGUUAGCCAUAAUCCAGGGCCGCACCUCCAACUCGGGAAGGCAGGCUGCCCGGCUCUUCUCCGUGCCUCAUGUGGUGCAGCAAGAGACCACCCUGGCCUACCUAGAGAACCAGGUGGCAGCAGCACUCACCCUGCAGUCCAGCCACGAGUACCGCCAUUGGCUCCUCGUCUACGCACGGUACCUCGUAAACGAAGGGUUUGAAUACCGACUUCGAGAAAUAUGCAAGGACUUACUGGGUCCGGUUCACUACUCCACUGGAAGCCAGUGGGAGUCAACAGUAGUGGGUCUGCGGAAGAGGGAGCUGCUGAAGGAGCUGCUACCAGUCAUUGGGCAGAACCUCCGAUUCCAGCGCCUCUUCACCGAGUGUCAGGAACAGCUCGACAUCCUGAGGGACAAGUAGCCUGCCCAGGCCUGCCCUGGCUGCAGCAAGGGCAGGGCCACACUCUCGCCGCUGAUGACAUGCAGGACCACCUCUCACCUGACCAGGCUGUAGGGGGAGGAGACACUGGCAGGAGAUGUGCUGUCCUGCACCAGCGCCAGCCCAGCUCCCUGGGCAGAUGUGCCCUGUGUCCUGGGUCUGACAUUGCCUCAGGAGGGGGAAGCUCGUCCCUCCCUCCAAGCCCCCGAUGCGGAGCUAGGGCUGGAGCUCUGCCCAGGUGCCCUGGGGCCAGCAAGGCAGUCCCAGGCCUGCCGUCUCCAGCACGGCCCCAAGGUGGACACUAGCCCCUGCUGCUGCAGGCGCCAUGCUGCUUCAGCAGUGACGAUUGAGCCAUUUGUGAGAGAGAAUCUGGAAGCGUUAGGUAUUACAGCAGACUGACCUGAGACCUAUGUAAAAGGAAAGCUGUUCCAACACACGGACUAUUUUUGUACUAGAAUUUGCUAACUUGUAAUAUUGAAUUUCCUUUGGCCGAUAAUCAGGAUUUCCCUAUAAGUCACUUGGACAUUGGUCACUUGUAGGAAAUUUAAACUCUAAUUAUGACAGCUACACUGAAAAAUAAUUGUACUGAAAUUAACUUGUCUAUCUUCAUUUGGUUUUAAUUUUUAAAUGUUUGUAAAAAGAGACUGUUUUGGGGGAAUGGGGCAAAGGGGUGGGCGAUUUCUUUUGUAAGUGUAAAAUAAAUGAACACGCAUUGAAUACCAAA